CUCAAAUUGUAAACAACAGCUGAUUUAAAAAACAAAUAAUUUCACCAUGUUUUGAAUCGUUUGGUCCAGUCUCCUAUCCCACAUCUGUGUCCAAUCUUCCUCUUGUUUGACUCCGUAAACAUGGACAUUUCCGAAACAAUCAAAUUCCGUGACAUCUGUUCUCUGUUAAAUCGUGUGCGGAAAACCGAUAAUAAGGAUAAGAAAUGUCGUAUUAUUAAACAGUACUAUGCAUCGUUUUGUAAACAUCGCGAGAGAUUUCGAGAGGAGCAAAAGUUGAAGCCUGAUAUGCCAGAGGAUGGACGCAGCAGUUUCUAUUGUAUACUUCGUUGUCUUAUACCGAAAGCAGAUACGGCUCGCCAGUCGUAUGGUCUACAAAUGCCAACACUGGGAAGGGUUUACAUCAAAGCUUUACAACUGAGUGCACAGUCAAAGGAAGCUGAACUAUUGGAAGCACGAAAUUUUUGCAGUAUUCGUGGUGACUAUGCGGAGAGAGUUUAUCGGAUUCUUAAACCCAGAUGUUCAAAUAGUCCGAGUGAUUUAACCCUGAAAGAAGUUCAUGAUAUGUUGGACAGUGUGGCAAGUGAAAAUUUACUGAACACGGAAAAUGUUUUAACCAAACUUUCACAAAUUGCCUCAGCCGAAGAACAAAUGUGGUUUGUUCGUCUGCUACUCAAAACGAUGCACUUGGCAAUAGGUGAACAACGUAUUUUUGAUCUUCUACAUGAUCAGGCCAAAGCAAUGUAUCAAGCCUGUGCUAAUUUAUCAAAACUUUGUUGUCAUUUGGCUGAUAAUAAAUUCGCGCUGAUUAACAGCAGUUCACAACAGCUAGGAAAUGGUCCGGCUCCAUUGGUGGCAGACAUUACACCCUUUGAACAUGUACGUCCACAGCUGUGUGAAGUUUUUCCCGGAAAUAUGGAACAAAUUAUGGCCUCAGAUGUCCUUUAUAUGGAAACGAAAAUGGAUGGUGAACGUUUUCAAUUGCACUACAAAGAUGGCUGUUUUAAAUAUAUUUCACGUAAUGGCAUCGAUUAUACAAAUAGCUUUGGCUCCAGCUAUGACGAGGAGAAUAAAUUGACAAUGAAAUUGGUACAUUUGUUACCCAUCGAUAUGCAAUCGAUUAUUUUGGAUGGAGAAAUGAUGGUUUGGGAUAGUUUGAAUAACAAAUAUCGGGAAAAGGGUGAAAAUACAGAUGUAAAACAUUUGAAAGAGGAACGUAGCUGGCAGCCCUGUUUUGUGGUCUAUGAUUUGCUGUAUUGGAAUGGCCAGAACUUGUUGGGUAUUCCAUAUAUACAAAGAAUGUAUAAGUUGCGUAGCUUGUUAAGGGAACAGGAGGGAGUUUUGCAAUUGAUGAAAAGUGAAAAAGUCUUGAGUGUUGAAGAUUUUCGCAUGAAAUUUCAACAAGCCCUGGAUCAGCAUGCCGAAGGUGUUGUUUUGAAGAAACAAAAUGCCAUCUAUCGGCCGGGAUGUCGCAACGGCAGUGGAUGGUACAAGGUGAAGGCAGAUCACAUUGACGGCUUAACAACCGAAUUCGAUUUACUAGUCAUUGGCGGCUUUUACAAUCGUGCCAGAACUUUUGUAGAAUCAUUUUUGGUUGGUGUCUUGAAAUACAUUUCACACCAACAAUUUGAAGUCUACUCCGUGGGCAAGGUUAGCAAUUGUACCCAACAGCGCGUUCUACUCAACAACACAUUGAACAGUCAUUGGCAUUUGUUGUCACAAGAACAACCACCGCUGUGGUAUCAUUAUCGCCACACAAAUGCCGAGGGACGUCCUGAUGUUUGGAUUGAACCCAGGAAUUCAGUGAUCCUACAAAUAAAGGCUGCCGAUUUGAAUCCAUCCGGAGCUUUUGCACUUAGUAUGUCUUUGCAUUUUCCACGUAUACAAAUGUGGCGCAAUGAUAAGGCAUGGCAUGAAUGUCUUUCGCUAGAGGAGUAUAAGCAGUUGAAGCAAAACUCCAAAGGAAGUGGAAUAAAGAAGAUUGUCAAGAGAAACGUUAGCUUGGAUGAUUUUAUUGGCAGCCAAAGCAAGAGGAGAAAACUAACGCCGGCAGAAAAACGGAAUUUGGGUUUGUUAUCCUAUGAAAAGCAAUUUGAUCCUAAUAAUGUGGAAAAGACUUCCCAACUCUUUGAGGGCUUUAGUGUUUGCAUAUUAAGUGCUGCGCUAAACAGACGUUAUACCGCACAAUAUCUGAAAACGUUGGUGGUCCAGAAUGGUGGCACAAUUGUGGAAAACCCUCUGCCCAAUAAUCCCAGUUGUAUUUUAAUUGCCGGUGAUAUUUCGGUACGUGUUCAAGCCCUAUGUAAAUCCAAAAAAUAUGAUAUUGUCAGUUUGGAUUGGUUACUGCGAACGUGUGAAAAACAACGCAUAGAUAUAACACCUUUGGAUUUUAUUUGCAUUACACCAGAGGUUAAGGAAAAAUUCGCCGAGGUAUUUGAUGAAUAUGGUGACCAUUAUACCACCUUUGUGCGUUCCAAACAACUCAAGCGUAUAUGUGAUGCCAUGAUUAUUGACAAUGUACCUGAACUAGAUGACGAAGCUUUAAAUGAGCUGGAAAAUCUUAUUUAUCCCAUUAAGAACAUUAAUUUCUUUCGCAAUAAGAACGGUUAUUUCUAUAGCAUUGAACACGAUUCUAUACAUGCUAAACUUAAUUUUCAAUGGCAUGCCGGAAAUGUUAUAUGUGAUCGUAAUAUUGAAGAAACGGAAUUUAAUCGCGACGAAGUUUUAUCAAAAAUAUCGUAUAUUUUUAUAAAUCUCCAGCAAUUUCAUAAAACUGAAUUUUUAGAAUGGUUGCAUGAGCGUUUUACCACCGAGCAUUUAGCUCACAUACAAAUUGUUAGCAUUCGAUGGAUUUUAGAUUCACAUAAAGCCAGGAUGCUACAAGAUAUUAAGGAAUAUACAUGGCAUGAUUUUGAUUGAAAAAGGAAUAUACAUGACAUGAUUUUGAUUGAAAUCGUUUUGAGAUUAGUUACUAAUUUGACAAUUCAUGUUAUUAUCAUGACAAUUAUACAAGGAAAUUGUUAAGGCUUUUUGACGAUUUUUUUAAGAUUUUUAUUUUGCAAUUUUAUUCAUGAUUAUACAUAUUAAUAUUA